GAAAGGGGCCAAUCAAGCACAUGGAUACCCAGUCGACAAUGCCCUGGGCGACAGAGUCCCAGGACUCCCCUGGUGUUCCCAACCUUGUGCUUGCUGACUUGCUCGAACUUCAGAAGGAUGAGUUGGGUCGUGCUCUGUUUUUCGACAGUCUGAGGCUAGGCCCAGGUGCAUCCUCAUUCCGGGAGUUUGUCUUGAAUGGCUUAUGCUUCCUUGAUGGCGAAACAAUGAUGAAGGAUGAUGGUGCAAGCGAGGCGAACGAGCGACUGAAGCAUGUGCACCGUGUGACUGCACAGUUGAUCAAGGAUGCACAAGAGAAAGCGCGGGUUUGCAACCAUUUCAUUGCCGAAGGCUAUGAGAAGGUUCUGACAUCUGCACAGAUGUCAGUGGCCAAGGUGAAGGCCAAAGCCGACCAGGAUUCGGAUAAAGGAAAAGCCCUUUUGCAAAAGCAAAAGGCUGAUAUGUGGUUAAGCAAGGAAGUCGCUGCACUUGACAAGCGAAAGACAGACCUGAGCCUCGCUGCGACGAAGGCCGCAUCGUUUGCUGCAGGGAAAGUGCAUGCUUUGAUCGGCCACCUGAGGUUCACGGGUCUGUUGAGUGACCACUUUACCGAGCAGAUGGAGAUAUGGUCGCAGCUAGACAGCACUGAUGCAGCAGCUCGGUCAGUACGCAAAGCACUGCCCGAGAAAAAGGUUGCACCGGUGGUGCUGUUUGAGGUUCUGGUACCCAAGAGUCGCUUCCUGAUUCAGCCCCAGAUCACAUGCUUCGAGGUUCUGGUACCCAAGAGUCGCAUCCAGAUACAGCCCCAGAUCACUUGCUUCGAGGUUCUG